UGCGUGCCAUCACGCCUGGCUAAUUUUUUUCUGUUUUUGGUAGAGAUGGGGUCUUGCUCUUGCUCAGGCUGGAGUUGCCGCCUUUUGUAUUGCAGACCUGCUUUCUAGACGGAGAGGGCUAUAGAUGGUGCAGUUUUAUAACUCUGGAGAGGAAUUGUUUUUCUUUUCUCAAUUCUGAAUAUAAAAAUCUGGGAGAAGGACUGAGAUCGCCUGUCAUGGACUAGGUGCUGUGUCUAAGCCUGUCAUUGGUUUCUUGGGUACAAAGUCAUGAAAGAACAUGAUGACUCCCGAGGUAGUUUUGAGAUUAGAGGGAAUGACAGUUCCCAGUUCAGGGAGAGAAACAUUCUAGCCAGACAGUCUCAUAGAUUUCCACUGCUAGUGCAUGAAAGAUAGAAUGGAAAAUGAGGAAGCAUAAAAAGUGAAUGGAUUACUCUUUUAAGAACCUGGGCUAUGAAAGAAAAUUCUAGAGACUGUUUUGGUGAUAACUAAAGAGGGAGAAUUGGACAUUGAUUUUAGGUUAUUUUAUAGCCAAAUCUUUUGAGAUUUAGUAAUGAGGAUUGAAAAUGUAUUUAUUUAUAAAUAGGAAAUAGAUGUUAAUUUUAAUGUUAAUGGGAACAAAAUUGCUGGGCAGACAUUCUUGUGGACAUGGAAAUUUAUGUGAACAGAGGAAGGCUAGUUAUAAUCACUAAUUUUAAAAUAAUUUUUUAGUGGUCACUUUAUUAUCCAAUACAUGUUCUCUCAGUAGUUGUCUUUGUGUUUGUGGUGAUCAUAAGUCAUAUCUAUUGAAGGAAACCAGAGAAUGUUAGCAUUUCCAAAGGAUCUUUGGGGUCAUGCAGUCUAACAUGCUUGACUUUAUAGAUAAGAAAAGUAGAAUCCAAAGAAGUGGAGUGAAGUAAUUACUUAUAGACACAGCAACUAACAGUGCCUAUCAAAAAAAAAAAGGGGACUGUUUGCUCCCUGGGUAUCUGUUUAGAAAGUGAGGACGUUUUUCCCAGAACCUCUCCCUUCUUGGCCCAUUGUCCAGAGUUGGAUCUCAACACUCAGCUCUGAAACCUGCUACUGAUGAGAGAGAUGUGAGAACCUGAUUAACGUAAAACAAGGAGGAUCUGCCCCAAUAAUUAUGGGCAGAGGGUGAAUACCUGAACAAUAUCAGGGCAUUCUCCAGCAACGAAGAAAGCAACACAGGUUUUUGAGUAGGAACUCAGCAGUGUCUGCAACAUGGACUAAGCUAAAGAGUUUAUAUUUUAUUCUGUGGACAACGGGACUCUCCUGAAGAUUUUAGAUUAGAGAAUAGAUAAACUCACAUUUGUAUUUCAGAAAUAACACUAGUCAUAAAACAUCUAUGGUCUUAGUCUGUUUGUGCUGCUACAAUAAAUACCUUAGACUAUAGCUUAUAGUUUAGGGUAGUUUUUAAACAACAGAAAUUUAUUUUUCACAGUUCUGGAGCCUGGGUCCAAAGUCAAGUCACAAAGCAAGGCACUGGCAGGUUGGGUGUCUGAUGAGGGCCUGGUCUCUGCUUCCAAGAUGGCGCCUUGUUGCUGGAAUGCUAUGACUUCACAUGGUGGAAGAGAGGGAAGGGCAGGAGGGGCCCCGUAUAACUCUCUCCAUCCCUUUUGGAAGAGGUUAAUACCAUCCAUGAAGGUAUAGCCCUCGUGAGCAAAUCACUUCCCAAAGGCCUCACUUCUUAAUAAUGUUACAUCGGUGAUUAAAUUUCAACACAGGGGUUUGGGGGAACAUUCAGAUCAUAGCACCUAGGAUAAGACAUGAGGUGAAAAGUCAUUCUUACCAUUGCCUAAACUGUAUAAGCUGGUUGUAGAGUUGAACUAAAUUUCACCUGUGGUAUCUUCCCAUAUUAUCUACAUUCCAUUCUCUUUCUGUGUAUUUCUGUGUUGUUGGUGGUGUGUGUCUGUCUGUUGUCAUGAAAUUAGGGUUGAUAUCUUUGAACUGGCUAUAACAUAGGAAAUGGAUUUCUAAAAGUUAGAAGUGUAACCAUCUUUCCUAUGAGAACCAUGAUUAUACAUGUUUAUUAAGUAUCCUCCUAAGGAGGAAUUAAAAAAAAACAACAUGUUGCUGUGAAGUUGCUUACCAUUUUCAUUGUUCGGAGUGUUUGGGAGUGUAAUACAUAUAUGCAGCCAUCAUACAGACAGACUGUGAUAAAUGCCAAAGGAGAGGCAGAGGUAAUGUGAUGUGGUUGGUUUCCAGGGCAAUUUAGGGUAGCUGUAAAGGGAUGUGUGAUCUAUAAUGGCAGUGAAGAAUGCGCAAGAUGGGGCAGAUAAUUUUAAAUGAGAGAAACAAUAGCAUGAAAAAGAAAGAUAGAAAAGCUGGGGAACACCAAGGUGUCCUAUAUUGGUAGAGCCUAAAUUUGAGGGAAAAGCCAGGGAUGGUUCAUGGAGAAGGUGGCACAGGAGAAUGAAGCUCACACCUGUUGGUACCUCAUAUGAGUAGACAGCACACUAAGGUCUUAAACAUAUUAUCUCAUUUAAUCUCUCACCACACACAUCCCUUUCAGGGACAGAGGAUUGCACCGGCAUUUUUCUGAUGAGGGACUGAGGCUCAGGAUAACGACCUUACCUGGGGGCUCAUUAAUGAUGGAUUGAGAGAGUCCAUGUUUGAAACGAAGUCUGUCUUAAGUCGGCAAGUUCUUCUGUUAGUCUAAUAUCCUUCUACUGUAUCAUUUCAUCAUGCUUAACAUGUUAGCAUUGGACUCUCAUUCUCAGGUAUUGUUGAAGGGUUCUGAGCAGAAAGAGACGUUACCAGGGUGCUGGUCAGGGAAACAUGGGAGCUGGGUGGAUGGCAGAAGUAGCCAUCACUGUUGUUUUACAAGCCUGUGGACAGUCUUCUGUAACAUCUCACCCACAGAUGUUGGAGUCACUUAAUGGCAUCAUUGUCAGAACUAUAUUUGCCAUCUUCCCCAGUGAAAUAAAAAUAAAAAUCCUAUACCCAACUUCAUUCCUCCCUAGCAUCUUUCUUUCCUAUUCCCUGUUAGUAUUUAAUAGUACCUCCCUUCCACUUGGGCUUAUCCCCUUUAGUGCAUACCUUCUGGUUUCCUUAACUAACACUUAUUCAAGUAUGACUAAAUCCAGACUAAUUGCCAAUUGCCCAAAAAGUUCCUCGUAUUCCAUAACACCUCUGAGACUUCUAAUAUAAUUGACCUGAUGAACUCAGAUAGAAAAAGAUGUACCACCUACCAGCCCUGAACUUGCUGUCUUUUUAUACUAGUUGUCUCUAGAAUGGUAUGUAAACCAGGAAAAUAUAGAAUACCUAUUUUUAAUACUUUAAAAGCACAUCUGGAACUAUUUGAACUAACUAAAAGUAAAAUAAGUGCCAUGGCAGAUUAUGCCAUACCUUUUCUUUUUACUUAAAAAAAAAGGAAAUGGAAAGCAUACCACUUCUAGAAGGCCCUGACAUUGAACUGGAUAUUGAAACGGUAUUGGUAAUGUAUUUAUAUAUGCCACAUUUUCUUCCAUACAUCAGCCAUCUUUGCUACAUAUGUGCUGGAUGUUUGCCAUGUGACAGAAAUGUUACUGUAGAGGGAAGAUUGUCUUGUUUAGAAGUGCUACGAAUCAUUACAGUAGAAGUAAAGUCAACCAUUUAUUGUUAUACUCAUCUUCCCCCAUUUAUCUGAUAGUGAUUGUUUUUUUCUUUUCUUUUUUUUUUUCAUUUCUUGAUUUUUUUGUCACUUUGUGUCAGUCUCUGAAUAAAUGUCAGAAUUUCCCUACAGCAACUCAAAAAUAGAAAUCACAUACCAGAACAGUAUAAUUUCCAUGAACUUAAAAAAUUAUAUAAGAAAUAUUGUAACCUAAUACUGGUUUUACCACAUCCUCUAAUUUGAAAUGGAGUGAAAUGCUUCUGUGGUUAAAUCUGAGCUCAUGUGCUGUUUGCUAUAAAUGUUUCAAGAAUAUAUAUUUCAAAAAAAAAUUUUUUUUAAAUAAUCCAAAACAAAUGCAACAGGACUCAGCAUACUUGAAACACACUUUCCGGAUUUAUCUUAGAUCUCUCUGUUUCAGAGGGUUUGUGCGUGUGUAUGGAUCAGGCCCGGCCAGUUAUUUCACCAUCUUUCUCCAUCCUGAAUUGAUUGCCCUGAACAGCCCGGAAUGAGUUACAUAUGGUCCUACUUUGUCUCAGUUUGUAGGACUUCUGGGUUGGAACUCCAUUUGAUCAGAGUGAAGCUAACUGUCACAAAGACUUGGCUAAUGUCAGAACCCUAAAUAAAUACACGUAUGCAUAUAUGCUGGUUAGAAUGUUUAUAUUUCUUCUAGGAGUAGUGUUUUUUAUGCACUGAUUCAGUAGUCAUUUUUCCUAAAACAUUGAUGACAUGGUAAGAAAAAAAAAAUUACUGAUGGUGAUGAUGAUGUUGAUGUUCUGGAUAGGAAUCAUGUUAUUAAUACAAAUGUGGACCCAAACCAGGUAUUCAAAACAUUUUCAAACCAAAAUAUGAAUGCACCAAAAAUCUUUCUAAAAUCGGGACAGAAGAAGAUAGAAAUAUUAUACUAAGAUUUUCUUAAAUACAAACUUAAAUCUUUAAGUUUGAAGAGGGUUUGAAACACAUUGUCAGCUGUAUAGGUUAUUUCCUUUUUUUUCUUAAUGUGGGCUAUUUAGAAAAGAAAAAUGGGUUUCAGAUAUGUUUUAAAGUGUAGAUAUUGCUCCUUAACUGUAGGGAGCCAGGGAGGCGGCUGUGCUGGGGGGGGGGGGGGUCCAGCAUGUCCCUGGGGAGGUGCUGGAAGCUGUUGAGGGCAACUUGCUCCCCCUUCAGGCUCUUGCCUAUUUAUUUUGUUCUUUUCCCUCUUUUCAUCUUUUUCCUUCUAUUGCUUUAUUUAUUUUUUCGUUACUCCCACUUCCCCUUCCCCCUCCUGCUCUUCCUUUCUCUGUCUGUGCAAACCACGUGCUUCAAAUCUGUGUAUCUGGACUGCCUUCUCUCACAGUUCCCUGUGAGUGUUAGCAGAAUGAAAACCAGAUGGACCAGCAGUUCCCACUGUUAUCUCCCAGCCGACUCUGGCAAGCCUCCCUUUCUCCCUCCCUCCCUGGCAUGACAGAAAUAUUUGCCUUUAUUUAGGGAGACUUGUAUUUGCUGCUGUACCUCUUCCCUCAGCUGCAACAUAAGCGGAAAGCUAUUUAUUCCCUUGUUGCUGAGGUUGGUUGAGAUCGUACUGAGAAGCUCUCCACAAUGCCAGACUCACCUGUGGAUGUGAAGACGCAAUCUAGGCUGACUCCUCCAACGAUGCCCCCUCCCCCAACUACCCAAGGAGCUCCAAGGACCAGUUCAUUUACGCCGACGACAUUAACUAAUGGCACGAGCCAUUCACCUACAGCCUUGAAUGGCGCCCCCUCACCGCCCAAUGGCUUUAGCAACGGGCCUUCCUCCUCUUCCUCUUCUUCUCUGGCUAAUCAACAGCUGCCCCCAGCCUGUGGCGCCAGGCAACUUAGCAAGCUGAAACGGUUCCUUACUACCCUACAGCAGUUUGGCAAUGACAUUUCACCAGAGAUAGGAGAAAGAGUCCGCACCCUCGUACUGGGACUGGUGAACUCUACUUUGACAAUUGAAGAAUUUCAUUCCAAACUGCAAGAAGCUACUAACUUCCCACUGCGACCUUUUGUCAUCCCAUUUUUGAAGGCCAACUUGCCCCUGCUGCAGCGUGAGCUCCUCCACUGCGCAAGACUGGCCAAACAGAACCCCGCCCAGUACCUCGCCCAGCACGAACAGCUGCUUCUGGAUGCCAGCACCACCUCACCUGUUGACUCCUCAGAGCUGCUUCUCGAUGUGAACGAAAACGGGAAGAGGCGAACUCCAGACAGAACCAAAGAAAAUGGCUUUGACAGAGAGCCUUUGCACUCAGAACAUCCAAGCAAGCGACCAUGCACUAUUAGCCCAGGCCAGCGGUACAGUCCAAAUAACGGCUUAUCCUACCAGCCCAAUGGCCUGCCUCACCCCACCCCACCUCCACCUCAGCAUUACCGUUUGGAUGAUAUGGCCAUUGCCCACCACUACAGGGACUCCUAUCGACACCCCAGCCACAGGGACCUCAGGGACAGAAACAGACCUAUGGGGUUGCAUGGCACACGUCAAGAAGAAAUGAUUGAUCACAGACUAACAGACAGAGAAUGGGCAGAAGAAUGGAAACAUCUUGACCAUCUGUUAAACUGCAUAAUGGACAUGGUAGAAAAAACAAGGCGAUCUCUCACCGUACUAAGGCGAUGUCAGGAAGCAGACCGGGAGGAACUGAAUUACUGGAUCCGGCGGUACAGUGAUGCCGAGGACUUAAAAAAGGGCGGGAGCAGUAGCAGCAGCCACUCCAGGCAGCAGAGUCCCGUCAACCCAGACCCAGUUGCAUUAGAUGCGCAUCGGGAAUUCCUUCACAGGCCUGCAUCUGGAUACGUGCCAGAGGAGAUCUGGAAGAAAGCUGAGGAGGCCGUCAACGAGGUGAAGCGCCAGGCGAUGACCGAGCUGCAGAAGGCCGUGUCCGAGGCGGAGCGGAAAGCCCACGACAUGAUCACCACGGAGCGCGCCAAGAUGGAGCGCACGGUGGCCGAGGCCAAGCGGCAGGCUGCGGAGGACGCGCUCGCGGUGAUCAAUCAGCAGGAGGAUUCCAGCGAGAGCUGCUGGAACUGUGGCCGUAAAGCGAGUGAGACGUGCAGCGGCUGUAACACAGCCCGCUACUGUGGCUCAUUUUGCCAGCACAAAGACUGGGAGAAGCACCACCACAUCUGCGGACAGACCCUGCAGGCCCAGCAGCAGGGAGACACGCCUGCGGUCAGCUCCUCCGUCACGCCCAACAGCGGGGCCGGAAGCCCGAUGGACACACCACCAGCAGCCACUCCGAGGUCAACCACCCCGGGGACCCCUUCCACCAUAGAGACAACCCCUCGCUAGGCACGAACCCAGAACUGUCGGAGGAAAGAGACAACACAACCAACGCGGAACCAGUUCCUCAUCCUCAGAUGCUCAAAGUUGUUUUUGUUUUUUUUUUCUUUUUUGUUUGUUUGUUUAUAGAUGAAUUAUCCUAUUUCAGUACUUCAGCAAGAGCGAACCUAACUGUAUCUUGAGGUGGUAGUAAAACAGAGGGCCAGUAACGGGUCAUAAUGACUUAUUGUGGAUAACAAAGAUAUCUUUUCUUUAGAGAACUGAAAAGAGAGCAGAGAAUAUAACAAUGAAAUGAUAGAUUUGACCUCCUCCCUGUUAUUUUCAAGUAGCUGGGAUUUUAAACUAGAUGACCUCAUUAACCGAUGCUUUACCAAACAGCAAACCAAGAGAUUGCUAAUUGCUGUUGAAAGCAAAAAUGCUAAUAUUAAAAGUCACAAUGUUCUUUAUAUACAAUAAUGGAUAAAAAGAGGAAACCCCUCAAGGGCAUGAGCAUUGGAUACAGCAGUAGACAUUUUAACAAGAAGAUGAAUGGCGUCCGUGGGUUGCUAACUGAACUUUGAAGACCCGCUACAAAACGCGCAGAUGUGCAGCAGAUUGGAAGGAGACACAGAUGUUCGGUUUUUUUCCUGUUUCUGAAAAGA